AUGACCACGUCCGCUGCGAAGAACGAGUGGGUCGAGCGGACGAAGGGGUUUGUCGGCGGCACAGUGUCGGGCCUGACCAAGCUGGCCAUCGGUCAUCCCUUCGAUACGGUCAAAGUUCGUUUGCAAUGCUCGCCACCUGGGACGUAUGCCGGCCCUUUGGAAUGCGUUCGAUCGAUUGUUCGUACUGAAUCCGUGUGGGGUGUGUACAAAGGGUGUGUCCCUCCUGCGAUCGGGUGGAUGUUUACCGAUUCAGUACUGCUAGGCUCCUUGCACCUGUACCGCCGCCUUCUACAGCAAUCCACUCGACACCAUGACAAGCUGCCGAUGGGGUACCAAGGCCUGGCUGGUAUGGGCGCCGGGUGGACGAAUUCCAUUGUCACGGCGCCUGUGGAGCUGCUCAAGACCAAACUCCAGAUGCAGAAGCAGCGCCUUUCUCUUCACCGAUCGGCGCAAGCGGCGAGUCAGGCAGAGUUUCAUGGGACGUGGGAUUGCUUACGACAGGUCGUGCGGUAUACGGGCGUCUCGGGUCUUUGGCGAGCGUUGCCCGCCACACUGUGGUUCCGUACGAGUUUUGGCGCUAUGUUUGCUUCCUAUGACUGGUUCCAAGCGCAUCUGGGCGCCUGGGCGGAGCGGCAUCGAGCCGGCGCAGCACCUUGGUAUGCAUGGCUUCUGACGCCGGCCAGCGUGACGUUCUUUUCCGGUGGCUUGGCCGCCGAAGUGUUUUGGUUCACGGCGUACCCGGCCGACGUCGUGAAGAACCGCAUGAUGGCUGAAUCCCUGCGAUCUCCGCGCUUUGCUGGCGGCGUACGUGGCAUGUGCCAAGUAGCGCAGGAUCUAUGGACACCGGCUUCCCAGCCCGCCUACGAACGUGGCGUAGCUGGCCUACCAUGGCGCCUCCGUCGCAUCUACACAGGGUACCUGACCUGUGCGCUACGUGCCUUCCCGACGAAUGCAGGCGCUCUUCUUGCCUUCGAGACGGCUAUGUACUUUAUGAAUGCGCAUGCAUCGUAG